CUGAAAUGGCGAGAUAGGGUAUAGAAAUUCUAAAAAUAGUAUCUUUGUAAACUGUUAUCGUAAAAUGUAAUUAUUUACUAUAGUUUACUAUAAAAUAGUAAUGGUCGCCGUUUUUAUUUACAUCAUCCUAACAGCUGGACAAUUAUGAGCGCUCCAUCCACAUCAAAAGGGAGGAAUAAGUAUAAGAUUGUGAUCUUAGGAGACGGAGGGGUUGGUAAAAGCGCCCUGGUUAUUCAGUUUAUAACACAUCGUUUUCAAGAGUAUCAUGACCCAACCAUAGAAGAUGCAUAUGAGCAACAGUGUCGUAUUGAUGGUGAACCAGCCCAUCUUGAUAUUCUGGAUACAGCUGGCCAACCCGAGUUCACAGCAAUGAGAGAACAGUAUAUGAGGAAAGGAGAAGGAUUUAUUAUUUGUUAUUCAAUAACUGAUAAACGCAGCUUUGAUGAAGUUUUAGCGUACAAAGAAUUAAUAAAUCGAGUAAGAGGACAUGAAGAGAUCCCAAUUAUCGUUGCAGCUACAAAAAGUGAUUUACAGGAGAAAAGAAAGGUAUCAAAAGAAGAAGGUGUAGCUCUAGCACGACAACUGGGAUGUCCAUUCUUCGAAACAUCAGCUGUCUUAAGACAACAUGUAGAUGAUGUGUUUCACGGAAUUAUUAGAGAAGUCAGAAACAAAAACUCGGAACAAGGUGAAAAGCCAAAACAUAGUCGAAAAAAGAUACAUUUGAAACGUGUCCGUUCAUUUUUUCAUCAGAUGAAUAUUUUUAGACGCAAUCGUUCCCAUCGUACGUAAAUGAAGCUUGCAAUCAUCUUGUCAUUUGUACUUAUUGUAAUUUAUAAAUAUUUAUAUUUUAUUUAUAACUUUAAAUUAAAUGCAUUUGAUAUUUAUCAUGUUUAUAGGUAUUGUGUGUGAUACUUUUUUUAUUGUAUAGCCUAUAUGUUUAUUUUUGAAUGUUUAUUAGAUAUACCUCUUGUUAUUUUUUUUAAAUGCAUUGAUAUUAUUUUUGAGUGAUAUUUUUAAAAUAGAACUUGUAUUUGUCCACCAGUAGAGCGUGUGUUGAUUAAAUGUUGCUUAUUUGUCAACCAUAUGGAGGUUUAAUAUAUAAUAAUUUUGUGGAACUCACAUUUAAGGAUUUGGGUAAACUGAAAAACUGCACUGUAUAAUUCUUUUAGCGAUUACUAAAUUGGGGUGGAUUUUAAUCCGGGUACUUUUUUUUAUAUAAGAUUUUCUAAUUUAAUACUUAAAUAAGAACCUUGAUUUCUGUUGUGUAGAUGUUUAACUUAGAAAUGGGUACUGCAGAAACAACGAAUGAAUGAAAUGGGGUUUAACAUCCUACUUUUCUGCACCAACUGAGCUAAUGAUAUAAUGGCAAUGUCAGUUGUUCAAGUUGAAUUUUGCAAGAUUUGUUCAAUUUUAUUUUGAUUAAAUUUUCAGAUGUUGGCAUGUGUACUAUGAUUAAUCAUAAGUAGAUCAGUUGUACUUAAAUAACAGACAGGAAUUAGGACCAGGUAUACGAUAUUACUGGACAUAGUGACUCAGUGAUUGAGAUAUCAACAAUGGUGAAAGUCUGUCUGCUUAAAGAUACGUUAUGGCAGAUUAGAUAAAGAGUUGGCAGUUCUCACUAUAAUUAGCGAUGACAUCGAGAGUUGAUUAUGAUCUGGAUAAGUUAAUUAAUGUCUAAUUAAUAAUUUAGAUAACAUUCAGGCCUAAAGAAAGACCUGCAAUAGGCAGAUUUAGCUCUUGCAUAAUAUAUGUUUAAGAUAUUUGUGUUUUUGAAUAAUAUAAUUUAGCUAAAAUCUGACUUGAUAAAUUGAACUAAAACAUUACAUCUAGUCAAACACUUAACUUUGAUUUGUAAACAUUUAAAGGACAAUUUCCCCUUUUAAUGAAAUAUUGUAAUUUAACCUAGGGCGAUCAUGUGUGUAUAUAUAUAUAUUUUUUGCUGUGUUAUGUAAUGCUGUAAAACACCAAAGUAACUUUUUGUGAAUUGUUAAAGCACAGCCAUAAGGUUACAUAUUCUCAUAAACUCUUUCAUCAAUUAACAUAGCGACUCAUGUAAUCCAGUUGUCAAACUUCUAUAAACAAGUGAACAUGGAUUGUCAAGAAUUAAGGUCCCUGAAAUGAAAUGGGGUUUUAACAUCUUAUUUUCUGCACCAAUGGCCCACUGAAGAUGGGAAACACUUCAGAAGUUAUUUCUGUGAAAUACUGACUGAAGCUAUUUUUGUUCUGAAAUUUUUCCAUUUAGAAUCUUAUGUGAUGUGCAAUAAUAGUUAGUUUCAUUGUGUAAAUGUUUCAUUAUAUUACAAGGAGGUUUAAUUGUGCUGAAAUGACAACGUGUAUGUCUGCUUUGAUCAGUCCAUGUGGUAAUAUCCGUUAUAUUUUUGCAUGUCAGGAUACACAAUUUCUAUCAUUUUUUCAACAACGUUAAACCUCCCUAUUACUGCAUACAGAUAAGAGCAGGGUAUGUAAAAUGCCCCGUAGGUAGAUCAUGUAGAUGCCUUCAAUUUCUCUGAAUAUACCAUCUGUUCAAUGUUACUAUAUUUGGAAUCGACUGCCGAAGAACAUUAGAGUAGUCCAACAUUUUAUCAAUUUAAUUGCAAGUUAUAAAAAGAUAUGUUAGGUAUUAUAAACACUUGUCAACAACUUAGAAAUAUCAUUUGAACAUUAGGAAGCACCUAUAGAAGUUAAACCAUAUUUGAUUUCUUUAUACCUAACACAAGACAGGACAAGGCUUGGAGGACAUUUAGUACUUAUUCUGCUCAGUUUCAAUUCAAAUGAAUGGAUGUGAUAUUUUAAUAAUUGCAUAAUUACAUUUAUAAUUUCAAUAAUAUACUAAGUGUCAUUGUUGUUGGAUUUAUUGUACAUGAACUUAUGAAUUGUCAACUGAACUAGAAAACAGAUUUUGAGAAAAAGACAUCAACUCAACUUUUUCGAUACGAUACAUUUCAGGCGGUUGCCAGUCUUUGAAUCAAUUUGCAUAUAAAAAUUCAGGUGGUCAUUCUUAAAGAUGGGUUCCCGCGUACAAACUGGGUGAUUUAAUGGUAUAUAUGGACCAAAACCAUAUUCAAACUAAUUAAUUUGUCAUAAUUAUACUUCAAAUCCUUCUUAAACAUUGUAAUUGCGAAGGAAUGCCCUGCUAUUAAAAUUCGAUCAAACCAGGUCAUGUUCACGUCACGUCUUGGGAGUCAGAGGAGAAUUCAUUGCAUACAUAAGACGAUGUUGUCUUUAAUCGCUUACUAUUUAUUACAAAUAUCGAAUCCUAAUUAAAUUCUCGGAUUAUCCACAACCCGCGUCUUUUUCCGUCAUUUUUAUCUCAGAAAGUAUUGUACGUCUAACUCUUCAUAAAGUUUAUCAACUUGUACAUCAAGCGCUCAAUGUUCGCUUGUGACCUUUGACAUCAUGCGUGCAGAAGUUCCUAAUCGUCGGGCUGUUGAAUAGGGGAACCCUUACAUUUUUGUCCUGUAUACGCUCCAUGAAUGUUUUUCGGGGAAUCCAGAAUUUUUCUAGUAAGAUUGGAUAUCUCAACUUUCCAUAUAUACCAAAAUUGCCAUACUUUUAUUUGAAAUAACCACCCGAUAAAUACUUUUCUGGAAACCCAUCUUUAAGCUCUGCUGUAAAACUUAAAAUUUAUGUAAAGGAUUUUGCCACUUAGAAUGCAUGGUAUUGGCCAUUCCUGAUUGCAUGAUAAGUCAAAAUCAUAAAUCUCUAUAGCUAUCGCAUAAACAAAUAUACUUUUAUUGGUGAUAUAUCAAAAUGUUCAGUAGGAGACAGUAUAAAAUAUCAAUGACGUACUGAACGAUAUAUACAGGUUUAUGGCAGGUGUUCUACUGUUGUUUGUAUCAAUGUGGAGGUUUGACACAUAAAUGUGAAAUUAUAUAAUUUAUAAAUCUGUUUGGUUCCAUAUUUUCAUAACGAACCCACUGUAUAACCUUUACCAUUACCAUGAUGCUUCCCUUCCCCACCCCCCCCCCCCCCCCUAGUUUUUAUGAAACACUCUGCUAGAAAGCUUUUGAACAACCCAAACUAUUUAUCAUUAUUAUAAAUCUUUAUAUUUUUCUUUUACUUAUUAGAUAUACUUUGGUAUAUUGAUUACUGUAUUGUAUAUUAUAUAUGCCUGCCAUUUUACUUGCAAACAUUUUUAGGCUAAAGUCUGUUUUCUUUACCACAAAAUGAGAUGCCAAGUCAAACUACAACAUGGGUACAUCACUUUAUGAAGAAUGACAAAAAAAAAAAUUCUGUCAUUCACUAUGUGGCAUACAUGUCUUACAAGUCAUUUAAUAGUUUAUACGAUAAAUUUAGACAGCAUAUCGGAAGAAUACAAGGUAUAGAAUAUAUUGUUUGGAUAUACGCAAUUAUAUUAUAGAGUAAAUGGUUUUAAUCUCAUUUUUCAUUAUCCAGACAUUUACCUACAUCUAGAAGUGUAUCUGAAGCUUGUCUUUCAAAUAAAAAUUAGGGAUAA